UCCUUCAAACUCCCCGCUGUUGCUCUCAGUCUCCGGGUGUGUGAACUCGCUCUCGGAGAGUGAUUCAUCGAGCCGGAGCUGAAUACGGUUCGCGGUUCCGGCAGCGCCCCGGUGGAGAGAGUGAGAGUGAGAGAGGGGGUUCCCACCUCGGAUUCUUGUCAUUUCUUUUCCCUUCUUGAUGGUUCGCCCCGAUGGUGUGAGCGACUGGAGCCCGCUGCUGCUGGACGCGGUUUGAUCCCAAGGCUCUGGAGUCACCAUGAGCGGCUGGCUGUUCCUGCCUCUGCUGAACAGCAUUUUAUCCAUUGCAGGAACGUGGACAGUCUAUGGUCUUGCCCGGGCUAAUGACCAUGUGUGUCCCUUGAGCAACUGGGUGUACAAUCGUACUUGUUCUGUUCAAGUCUUGGUGAAAUGUUGUGCAAUUGAAAACAUGCCAUUCGUAAGCACCAGUGGCAUGAACCUCCCUGAAAACUCCCUCUACAGCGCCGUACUCAAUUCAGUGUCUGUUUUAUUCGCUGCCGUGUGUAUUUUUCGACAUGCUCAGAUAUUGGAUCGAAAAGUGGAUGAUGCUACGUUGAGUAAGGGUGCCAUGAUUGUUGGCUUCUUUGGUUCUGCGGGAGGCUUCAUUGCUGGAAACUGUAACCCAUCGGUUCUCAUGGUGCUACACUACUUCGGAGCGACACUAUGUUUUGUCAGCGGUUGUAUUUAUUGCAUAAUACAGACAGCUUUAACGUUCAGGGUCCCUAUAACGGGAAAGGAAUGCUUGUUGGUGCCUUUACGUGGACUACUGACCAGUUUACAAGUGGUCGUUUCUAUCAGCUAUCUGAUCUUUUUUGUCCACCCCGAUCUCACAAAGCAACACAUAGGAGUCAUUUGCGAAUGGAUCUUGGCCACGAAUUUCUAUGUUUUUAUCAUGUCCUUUACCUUUGAAUUUUACUACAUCACCACUUCCGUUCUCCACGUAUUGAUCAGCAGGCCCGACGAUGAGAAAAUCGCCAUCCUGUCAGAACAACGAGGUACAGAUAUGUCUACGUUUGACAAAUGAGCAGCGGAACGCCAAGCACCGAGGGCUGUGCAAUUACGGGCAGGUGGAACCACAUGAUUCUUCCUUCCAUUUAGAUUAUGUACCGUCAGUCUUUCAGUCCCUAUCAACAAAUGUGUCUCUUCUUUGGAAUCUAUAGGAUAGCUUUUUCCUCUCCAUCCAACAUCCACUUUUACACAGCGUGAGACUGUGGGAGACAUCAUUGUCCCCAUCAUUCCUCUCCUGUGUUUCUUGCCGAUUCUCAGCUCCUGAAUGUACAGUAAUUAAGUUUAAGAAAAAGAGUGAAUUAUAUAUUUUUGCUGCCUGUGCAUUGCCCUUUUGUUCCCACUGCCCCCCCCCCCCCCCCCCCCUCCCGCCGCCUAGCAUGUUCCACAAUCCAACAAAGAUAUG